GGCGACGGCCUGAUCACGUCACUUAGGAAGAGGGGCGGCUCUGCUCAAUCAAUGUUUACUUACUAUUUACACGCGAGCUAGUACACUCGCACAUUCCAAGACACUCGGCCGUCGGUCUAUUGUCUUUCGGCCGUCAAAGUGCAUUUAGAGUGAAAUCUUCUUGUUAUUGCAUUUCUCGGACCGUAUGUGCAUGUGGAAUAAAUUUUCUCCUUUUGAGUUGUAAUUAUUUGCAUUCAUAGUGAAACAGCUGUGGGAUUAUUUAAGUGACUAUGAAAUAAAAUGAAAUUUAGGUCUUGUGAAAUAACUUCGCAGCAAGUGCGGUUGCUUCUAUACAAAGAGUGUGAUCGCAGAGGCAGGAAGGUUUUGUUUGAUUCGUCGACUAUAGAAAGACUACCCGCUCACAAAAAUGAUAAACCAGAUUAUAGAAACACAGAUAAGAUUCCUUGCAUUAUGGAAGUUUCAAAUGGAUACACAUAUGUGUAUAAAGGCCAAGCGACGGAUGCUAGCGUCCUCGGUGAGAUGAUAUUCGGUGCUGUUGCAAUGAACUGCAAGAGCGUUUCAUUGAAGAUUCACAUCAUGAAUGAUCCGAGAAGGUUAAUGUGCACGAAGAUAUUCAACGUGCCACCGUCGCGGAUAAGUCGUACAAAGACUGAGGCGAAGAGUAGUGGCCACUUGACCACCCACUCGACGCCGCUUAACGUGCCAUUGCUGAAAGAGGAAGGAGUAUCGCUAAGUUUUUCUAUGGACAGAGGAGACUCUGGAUUUUACGGGGAACAAUCACCAUAUAGCAGCGUGGGUUCAACCUAUGAUUACUUCUCCAUGUUCGAUACGUGGGAUGUGAACGCCACGGACGAAUACUGCUUCUACACUCCGUGUGGUCGCAAGUUGAGCUGCUCGAGCAACGGUAGCUGGCAGAGGAGAACUUUCCAGAGCAUGGCGACAAAGUUCGACCUCGGACAGGCCAACUAUUUGAAUGUACCAACAUCAAGCACCGUCUCCAGCGUAGAUUCGCAGAUAUACAGCAGCAGUUCAACCAGCGGUACAACAGACAGUUUAGCGAGCUCAACGUCCGUUGUUACGAGACGAGGAAAACUUGGACUGGCAUUGCUUAUCACGGUUGCCGAUUCUACUGAUAUGGACCUCAUUCGCCGUUGCAUGGAACAUUCUCCGCAACUCCAGGCCCUGGUGUGUCGGUUGCGUCUCGCGACAUUGGCCGCGGGUACAGGAAAUGCCUUCGUAUCGACCCUUUAUAAAGCUGCCGGAGAUGCAGCGAGAUGGUUAUCCGACCUGAUGUGCGGCCCGCGGUUACAACCCGUGUGGUUGGAUCUAGUCACGAGCGAGCCGCGGUCGGCGAACAAACUUGCGGACACGUUUCUUUCAGAUCUAUGCUCCGUUCUCGCUGUUGGUGACACGAAGAAUACUAAUUUUUUUAUCAGCACACUUCUAACCUACGUUCUCACACAUCAUCUCGGUUGGGUGUCCACGGUCAGCCCCUACGAUCCCAUCGAUCCACAGAAGUGUACCUCGGAACAACUGGACACCCGACGCCCGUAUAACGCGCUGUGGGCACAACUAACCGACCUCUGCGGCAGUAUCGGCUACCCGCCGCGUUCCGCUAGAACUAUCAUCACAGGCUCCAAAAACGUUCAGUUCGUCAAAAAACUACUAGCAGUGCUAACGUACUUCGUACGAUGCGGUGACGUCAGAAAGAACGACUUCAUGUAUCAAGACUGCUUGCUCAAUGAACCCAAAAUUGUGAAUGUGAAAAAUCUAAGUUCAGAUGUAAGCAGGACCACGAAAAGCGUAGAAGUGAAAGAGUGUAGUGUCAACGAUCGUUUGAAAGUGCCCUCGUUGAGUAGGAACAGUGGUGUCAGUGUCAGUACGUUAAUAGCUAGCGAUGUAAGUCUAAAAAAAUCGACUACGAUGGUCGAUUUGAAUCAAAAGCUCUCUAGUUCAUAUUUCGCGAUGGAUAGCAGUAGUAGUGGGGAGAGUCAGAUUAAACCGUUGAGAAGGCAGCCGACGAUGAUGACUUCGUUGAAGACCUCGUCUGACUCGAGUCCGAACUUAUCGGCUUCGGAGGAAUGUGACGCGAAGAAAGUCGUGUUCGUGCUCGGUGAUGACGAUAAGCUGGUAGGACUGAAGAACAAAUCGAAUGGUAAAAAGAGCGUUAAGAAAUCAGCCAAGUCCUUCGAGCAAGACAACACUAAACAUCCAGAAGAGACUGAGAACUGUACCAAUGAUUGUGAUAAGGACAAGUCAUCGCGGAGCUCCGAGAGCCCGUCCAAAUGCUGCGGGCAGACACUUCAACAUUCCAAGCCAAUAAAACAUUCCGGUUUUAAGUUCGAGUUCGAUAAGUAUCCUCAGAUAGUCACUAAUUAUAUGAAGAGCAAGAAUUUAGAGAUAUUAGAUAGACACUACAUCGGAAAGCCGGGAAACCUGAAGCUGGACAACUUCCAGUUCGACCCCACAUUCGUACCUCCGAUACAGGAGGAGAGGUGCGAGACGUGUUACAAGUGCCAGUUGAUGGAGUCCAUGCUGCAGACGCCCACCAACGCGUCCGAAAUGGAGUACAUGAACGACAUCCCGCGCCAGUCCGAGCCGCAGUUCGCUAAAGAGACGCUAGUCGACGAGACGACCACCCACCGGGAGAUGUCCCCGAAAACUUUUGUUCGGAAAGUGAAAGAAAACACGAUGAUCGUGAACGUUGACAGCAAGCCCGAUGAACGUUCUGACUCCGGUGAAUUCGGUGCAGAGGAUAAGAGAGGCGGAAAUAAGCCUGUUGAUAGAAAUAAACGGUUGGAAGUGAAGCAAGUGAUAGAGUUUCCUUUGUCACAAGUGAGUUCGAGCAAGCUUCAGACGCAAGUGCGGUCCGGCUAUGAAGCUUCGCUGCUUGGCGGUCUAACCAACUACUACGUACCUGAUUUAGUUUUACAAGGAACCGUCGCAAACUCUAACACCUGGGAGGCGGAUCUGCGACGGGACCUAGACCUCACAUCGUACCUGAACAAAACACUUGAUCCGCCGGUGCAGUCCAUCGCUAUCGUUGGAGACACUAACUCGUGGGAGGUGCGGCUGGUGGGGCGCGAGUGCGGCUGCGGCGGGCUGUCCCCGCUCGUGGGCGGCGCGCUGGACGCGCUGCCCGCCAUGCGCCGCGCGCGCGUGCCGCCGCAACAGUGUCUCGUAUACCUCGAGAGUAAACUCCGUGAAUUCUGCGUGCUAUCAAAAACGUUGGCGGAUAUGUUGAUGUCGACAGACUUCUGCGAUAUCGCGACACUAACGAAAUCGCUUAACAUCGACGUUAACGACGUUCCGCUGUUGCUAGCCGUCGCGACCACACACACUCCACAAGUAGCCAAGAGAUACGGAAUCAGCUAUAGGUAGUAAGGACUCGAAGAGUUAUGUGCGAGAUUAUACCUGAGAUCAAAUGAUGCUUAUUAUAUCGGAUAUCUUGUAUAAGAGAUUAAUUAAAGACAAGUCAUUUUUGUUCUAUAUUUUAAUAUACGGCAUUACUGCAUUACUCUAUUAGUAGUAGUAGUUAUUUAUUAGUAGUAUUAUAGAUCAGAUAAUCUGUGAAAGGAAGUCUAUGUGAUUUUCAUUAUUCUUUUUUUAAAUUAUUUUCGCAAAGAUUCAAUUGUUGUCCCUCAAAGAGGUCGUUGUCCCUUAAUUAUCUGUACCAAAAGGGGAUUCAAAGUAUAAAAAUGCAAUUUGUUUCAAUAUAAAAUAUAAUAUGACCUUGAAAAUUAAGAGAUUAUCUUAUAUUCGUUCUAAUUACUCAAUGUCGACUCGAGUUAUGACUACUGUUAAUUAAUUUACUUAUAAUGUAUGCCUCAAUUAUAUGUUCAUUAAUAAGGAAUGUUACAUAUCGUAAUUAAGUAAUUAUUUAAAUAAUUUUUAAUGAGCACAUUCACAGAUUAAAAAUAAUGCGUACACGUUUAAAAAAUGUUGCCUGUAUAAAUGCUUUAUAUUAUAUU